AGCAUGCCAUUCACUUGACGUUUAACACAGAGAGCUCUGGAGAAGAUAUAGCCUCUCAAACAGAGGUUACUACAGCAUUUAAUGCUAGUGAGACCAUACAUUAGCCGAAUAGAUUUGGGACAGCCUUAAGAGUUAGCCGUGAGCUCGCUUGAGGCUUUUUUAUUUAAAGGCAUAAACGUAGAACGUUUUAUAUAAUGCGCAGAUUAUUGUUUCUGAUACUGCCUCAGCUGUUAGCAACUGGUACAUGUGAUACAAGCCUAGGUCCUCAACAAGAAGGAAAGCAUGAAGGUGAAAUGUUGUCCCAUUGGAGUUAUGAAGAUCAAAACUGGGGCAAAGACUAUCCACUUUGUAAUGGGAAUGCACAGUCUCCUAUCAAUAUUGACACAGGAAAAGCCACAGUCGACAAAGAACUACCUUCAAUCACUUUUGAAGGAUAUAAUCUAAAGGAAACUGAACAGCUUGAUUUAUCUAAUAAUGGGCACACAGUUCAACUUUCACUCCCGGAUUCCAUGAGCAUAAGCCGUGGCUUCAAGCAGAAGUAUCUAGCGUCUCAGCUGCAUUUUCACUGGGGAUCAGACACCAGCCCUGGAGCUGAGCAUACAGUGGAUGGUACCCAGUAUGCUGCUGAGAUGCACAUUGUUCACUUUGCUGCCAAGUAUGAAAGUUUGGCCAAUGCAGCGCAGGAAGCAGAUGGUCUCGCUGUUCUGGCAAUACUCUUUCAGGUUGGAGCACAAGACAAUAAAAACUACAAGCACAUAUUUGAUAAACUUCAAGAUGCUGUUGAAGGUGCUACUAUAAAAAUUCCUGGUUUUGACAUAAACACAUUGUUACCCAGUCAGCUAUACCGCUUUUUCCGCUAUAAUGGAUCUUUGACAACACCACCCUGCUUUCAGACAGUUACCUGGACAGUAUUCAACGAGACCGUCCUCAUUUCUCAAGUACAGCUGGACAAAUUGAAGACCAGCUUAAAGACUGGCCAUCGCACAUUGGAUUCGAAUUUUAGGCAGGUUCAGCCACUCAACAGAAGGAUUGUAUUUGCUUCCUUUUCAUCACUAACAUCAUCACGAAGAAUAGAAGUUACCAACGGGCGGAACUCCAAGUUCUCAUAAGAAAAAGCAAGUGCUCUUCGAAGGCUGAAGUAUUCAUGGUGCUUCCUUGCUUAAAUGAGGAAGGACCCCUUUUCACUAACUUUGACAAAUAUCAGCAUUUAAUUCCCUAUAAAAGAUAAUGACAUUUUUUGAUUUGUCCCAGAGGAUUUCACAGCCAAAUUAUCUCAGGUGUAGUUAUAUGCAGCUACUAUUUUAGUUGGCUGGGCAGGGCCUCAGGAUAAAGUUCAGAAUUCUGGCCUGAAAGCCUGGCUAGAUUUUCCUUCCUGAUCUCAGGGCCAAUGAAACUAAUUAUAGCAUCUUGUUUAUCGUUGUGGUUGAGUUCAGCUGGUUUUCAACCAAGAACUGGACUUUGCUCACAAGGCCCCUCUGAUUUAAGCCACUAGUUUCCCUUGGACCAUGAGUUCAUAAUAAUGAAUCAUACAAUGGUUACAGCCAGGAGGAGACUCUUAACACAGUUUAAAAUUAGCCCAUUUAUGGAAUGCUGGUUAAUGCCUCUUAAUCUGAGUAUCAAUGUGACUGUUUCUACUGUUUUAUAGCUGAGAGUAACUUCAGUUUAGUCACUGGCCACUUUUCAUUUUUAAUACGUUAUAGACAAUUAGUAAUACUGCCAUUGCUCAAUCAGUAGCUAAAAAUGAUAACUUCAUUGAUUUAUAGCAGCAGUAGUAGAGGAGAAUUGAUAAGUUUACAGUUAAACUUCUAAGUACUGCUCAAAACGACACUUUGACAAAACAGUGACUUGCAGUCAUCUAAAUAAUUCACAAGAAAUAGCAAAAUAGAGGGAAAAUACACUUUUUACAGUACAUGAGAUGAGUAGCAACCUUUCCUUUCCAUAUUAAGGCACAAUAUUAUUUCCACACCCUGAAAAUCCUUGACUUACGAACACCACUUAAGGUAUAAAUGAGAAUGACCCAUUGAUUCCUUUACAAACCUAUGACUCAGAAUCUAUAAUUUUUAUAGUGCUUAUAAGGAACCUGACCUUCAACUUGAAAUAGCAGGGUGUGUUGCCUGAUUUAUAUACUGAGGCAACAGACUGAGUAAACUCCCAACCCAUGCAUUUUGCCCUAGCUCCUAACCAUGAAAGGAAAAAGUGACGCUGCAUCGAUUUUGUUAGUUUAAUUAUUACCUGCUCAUACAGCAUUUGCCAGGUUUUUUGGGAUUUUUUUCAUCAUCGUUUACAGGAAAUUUCUUUUGCUUUCCUUUUGUAUCACUCCAGUAUAUCCCUCCAUACUUGGUUGCCUGUAGCCAUAAAGAAAUUAUACAUGCCUUCCUGGCCCUUCAUGGCAAACCUAGUGCCAGUUACACCAGACCAUAGAACCAUAAAAAUGAUACAGCACAGAAGGCGGCCAUUGGCCUGUCUUGUCUAUGCUAACCCAAAGACACCCAGAUGCCCUUUCUCAGCCCACCUUUUUGCACACAGCCCAUAGCCCUGCAGUUACAACACUUAAUGUGCAGAUCUAGCUACUUUUUGAGGAUCUCUGCCUCUACCACCAACUCAGGAAGUGAAUUCCAGAUACCCACCACCCUCUGUGUAAAAACACUUUCCUCCUGUCCCCUCUAAUCCUUCUGCCAUUUAGUUUGAAUCUUUGACCCCUGGGCAAAACUCUCUGCCAGGAGAUAAAGGCUGCUCCUAUCUGUUCUCUCUACUCUUCACAAUUUUGUAUUCCUCAACAAUGUCAUUCUUCAGCCUUUUCUGUUCCGAUGAAAGCGACUCCAACCUCUCUAAUCUGUCAUCAUUGCUACAGUUCUCCAGCCCUGGCAACAUUCGAGUGAAUCUGCUGUGUUAUCUCCUGAACAAUUUUGUUCCUUCUGUGAUAUGGUAACCAAAACUGCACACAAUACUCCAGUUAUGUUCUCACCAGUGUCUUAAACAGUUUCAUCAGUUUUCUAUACCUCUGCCAAGGAAGGAGAGCAUUCCAUAUGCUGCCUUUACAACUUUAUCUACCUGUACUGCUAUCUGUUAGUGACCUGUGCUCUUGCAUGCCAAGAAUUCUCACUUUAUCUACUCCUCUCAGUAUAUUUCUGUUUUCUAUGUAUUCCCUUUUACUUCGUGACCUCGCUUAAUCAUCAGAGUUGAAUUCCAUCUGCCACUUUCCUGUCCACUCCACCCCAUUUAUUUCAUUUUGGAGCUUACAGCUGUCCUUGACAACUUUCCCAAUUUUGCCCCCCCGCUCCCACAUGCAAUCCAUAUAAACGUAUCAAACAAACAGCCAGGGUCCCAACACCUAGCCCUGCAAAACACCACUUGAACCAGCUUUCUCUUUAGAAGGUCAGCCAUCAGUCAUUACCCUUUGUUUCCAACUUAAGCCAACUUUGGAUCCAACACAACAUAUUGCCCUAUAUCCCAGGGGUUUUUGUUUUUGACCAAUCUGUCAUGUGGGACCUUGUCUACAUGGAUUUUACUAAGGUAUUUGACAAUAGAACUCUCAUUGAUUCUCCUUGUCACUUCCUUAAAGAAUACAAUCAGAUUGUUAAGGCAUGACAUUCCCUGUGCAAGGCUGAUGCACUGUUAAAUUAGAAUCAGAGCCUGAUUAACACCUGACAUUCAACACUCAGUGAGACCCUUGGUUUUGAGAAAUGUCUCUGCUGGCUGGACAAACAUGCUUUCCAAAAUCAUCAUGUGGUACUCUGUGUAUUUGCACACUGCCAACAUUUUAAUAAGCCAUUUCCAUGAGCACUCUGAGAUGAAAUUAGGUCCGAUGUUUUUGGACAUUUACACUAGAUAUUCCAAGAACAAGGCAUUCUAGAUCCAGAAAUGCUCUUAUCUGCCUCUCUCCUCAAGGAAAACACAGUGACCCCCAGUGGUUGGACAGAUAUCCUCUGUUACUGUAUUCUUGCCUAGAGAUUACUGGCAUGUCAGUAGGUUCCUCCAUCUCCACUAGGGAGUUGAACCAGACAGGGAUGGGGCUUCUGCAACUAGGCAAAAAUGAUAUAAUUUACACUAAAACGAAGCUGCGUUGUCUCCAGCAUUAAUGUUAAGUGCUGAAGCAUAUCUGGCAAAAUGCAGCACUGACUAUGAUGAAUUGAACCAGUCUAGUUGUAACUCUACAAUUUCUAAACUGCAGAAUGUUCAGAGAAAACUUCCUAUUCACAGUCCUAUACAGAUGGGAUCUUUUGACCAGGAAAAGGUGUCGAACAAAGUCAUAACUGACACUUAAAUGAGAGUAGAAAAUGAAUGUAUCUUUGAGACUCCUUGAAAUGUUCCAGGCCUUUUUCCAGCUGUCACAUUUUCGCUCACAACAGUUGAAAAUUUCACGGCCACGUUGUCCAUCCCACACCCUAUUUAUUUAGUGCCUGUAUAAUUAAACAAGUUUCAAAAUGAUUCACUGUUACAGUUUUAUGCUAUGAUUUAUAAUAGGCUAUUCACCUUGAAAAUGCGCUACACAUUGCAUGUACUGUAUAUGAUCAUUACAGCUACUGUGUCUCAGUAAAUUAUUGUUCUUAAAAUUGAUAGAUUCUAGAGAGGAAAGCAACUAACAGACUUGUUCAAUGCCUUUGUUUGGUUUGGUUAGAAUUUUGAAAUGCAAUUAUAAAAUUUUUAAGCAGGUUGGCUUUUAAACUAUUGAUAGUAACCUGCACUUUAAAAAUGUUUAUAAUUAAAUUUGAAGAUGACCAUUCAUCCCCAUUUAGUUUUAAAACUUGCUGUGAGAUUUUAUUUACACCAUUUUGUUUUAGUAUAUUUUGGAAUAUAUUUAUAACCCCUGAGGUAACAUGUAUUCAAAUUAUCACAACAAGAAUUUAAAAUGUCACUCAAAAGUACAAUUCUUAUAACCGCUGUCUUGGGGGA